AUGUCGGAUUGGGACGGACAGGUCAAGGACAAUGUUACGAUGAAUUCUAUCCCGAAGAGCGGUGCCGCGAUGGCGUUCCGAGGUGGAGGCAAUUCCGUUUCUAUUCAUGGGUACAAAGGGCCAAUAUCCAGUUUCAACGGAGCACCACCUCCACAGCAUACAUUUGGUGCUUCAAUGGCUGGAUACGCCAACGCUCAAAGCAUCAACAGUGGAUUCGGCUAUCCCAAAAGCGUCCUUUCACCCACUUCUUAUGGACGAGGACAAGCGCUGUCAGGAGCUUCCUACCGCGGAAGGGGUCAGGCAAAUGUCCAACAACAGUAUCCAGCUGGGCUCAACCCGUAUAAAUAUAUUGCUCCAAAACCGAUUAUUGGCGACGAUGUGAUGGAAAAACCAAUGAAACCAGAAGAAGUUGCCUUGCUCAACAAAUUUCUGCACAAAAAAGUGGAUCUCAUGCAGAAUAGUGGUAUUGACGUAUCGUUAGACAGAAAUGACCCUCGCUCACCGUUGCAUUCCAUUCGGAGCUUUCGUGAUCUCAGACUGUGA